AGAAUCCUUAAACCAUCAAAGUUCCUAGUAAACAAGUUUUUCGCCUCCAGCUAAUGAUGUCUCGUAUUCUUAUUUUCGGUGUCCUGUUGGCAACAUGUUCGAUUGCUUUUGCUUCGGACCCUAGUCCUCUCCAGGACUUUUGUGUGGCAGAUGCAAACAGCCCAGUACUCGUGAAUGGUGUGGUUUGCAAAGAUGCAAAGCUUGUGAAAGCAGAUGAUUUUCUCUUUAGAGGGCUUCACGUAAUGGGAAAUACGUCGAAUGACGUGGGUUCUAAUGUGACUGCUGUGACAGUAGCAGAGUUAGCAGGACUCAACACUCUUGGUAUUUCCUUGGCUCGUAUUGACUUUGCUCCAGGGGGUAUUAACCCUCCACACACGCACCCUCGAGCCACUGAAGUUUUGACCGUCAUUGAAGGUAGUCUUCUGGUUGGUUUUGUCACAUCUAACCCUGAUAACCGCCUAUUCACAAAAAUGCUUGAGAAGGGUGACGUGUUUGUGUUUCCACAAGGUCUAAUUCACUUCCAGAAAAACGUGGGAUAUGGGCACGCACUUGCUAUUGCCGGUUUGAGCAGUCAAAAUCCAGGUGUCAUUACCAUAGCAAAUGCUGUGUUUGGAUCAAACCCUGACAUCGCUGAGGAUAUUCUUGCAAAGGCCUUUCAAGUUGACAUCAAGGUGGUUCGUCAAAUUCAAUCAAAAUUCUGAACUUUUAUGUGAUUUCUUGAACUCUAAUUUUGUAACACUGUUUGCUUUUCUCUCUUGUUAAAAAUUAUAAGUGAAUAAAAAGACUAUUGUUCUGG